AUGCGGUCUCGGCCCCCUAGCGAUCCCUUCCCCGAUGCGAUGAACGAGAUGAUGCGCUCCGCCACGAGAAGGCUCGACCUGUCGGAGGCGCCCUCCCACCGCUUCGACUAUCUCACCGGCGCCGACGAAGCCGAGGGAGAGACUCACUGCGCGUACUUCGCGUACGGCCUCCUCGCAGCCCACGUCCGCCACGGGUCCCAGAUCUGCUUUGUCGCCGACGGGGAGAGCGGGACCGGCAAGACACACGGCACGUUCAAGGGGCGACGGUCCGUCGCACGCUGCGCGAUCGGCCUGGCCCUCGCCGCCAUGAAGACGGCAGGGAGGCCUGGCGACCUCCGUAUUGCCCUCACCGAAUGGCACGCCGAAGCGUCUGGCCCACUCAGAGCAAUGCCGCACGAUCGUCUUCGACGCCACUCCUCGGGGCCAGAAUACAGCCUUGACCCGUGGACCCCGACGGACGCGAGGACCUUCGGGGAGACGUGGUACGCGCUCAAGGCGAAGACGGGCUUCGACGAGUGGGAGGUGGGGGACAGUUUCCUUCCGCGUGCGCUGCGCCACCGAAAAGUGGCCACGACGUCGCUGAACGACGAAUCGUCGCGUUCCCAUCUCGUCUUGAGCAUCCAUCUUCCCGGCGAUGGCGUCCGUUCCCGCGAUGCGAGCAUUAUGAUGGUGGACCUGGCCGGUAGCGAGCUCGGCAUGGAAGAGGACGUACGCCACCGGGGCGAUCUAGAGAGCGCAUUCAUCCACGCGAGCCGCCACGCCAUCCUCCGGCAGCUGCGCGCCUUCGCGGCUGGCCAAGUGGUCGCCCAAGACGCAAAGGUCGGUGAGCCGCACGAACUACUGGCCCGAUGCUAA